AUGCCAUUCUUCGGAGGCGGCCGUCGCGAACCUUCCCCCGAGCCAGUUCGGGAACCAACCCCACCACCCCCGGAACGUCGAGGCUUCUUCGGGUCCCGCCGUGACCCUUCCCCGGAGCCCACUGUUCACCACCCCGUUCAGGAGCCACCCCGCAAGCACGGCCUUUUCGGUUCCCGCCGGGAGCCCUCGCCGGAACCCGUCGUCCACCAGCCCGUCGCCGAGCACCCCCCUCGCAAACACGGACUUUUUGGUUCGCGCCGUGACCCUUCCCCCACUCCCACAACACGCACAUCCACCACUUCUCGUUCCUCGCUCUCGUCAACCACGUACCACACCUCCCCAGAUGGUCGCCACAACCACAACGGGGCAGGCGGCGGCGUUUUCCGCCGAUCCACGGACGCCUCUUCCGGCCGUCGUGGUCUGCUCCACAAGUUCGGCGGCGCAGGAGGCUCCGUUGAGAUGGAUCCCAGCAUCGUGCACGCCCGCGAGCGCGUCAUGGGCGCAGAGGCCGCCGAGAAAGAGGCCGACCGCGCACUGAUGGCCGCCAGGGAGAGUGUCGCUGCCGCUAGGGCCGAGGUGCGACGGCUCGAGGAGGAGGCGCGCGAGGAGGCCAGACGGGCCAAGAUUAAGCAGUACCAUGCCCGCGAGGUUUCCAAGCGCGGCAAGGCUCUUGGUCGCCACGGCGACUAA